AUGGUUGAUUGUCACAGUCUGUAUGAGAUUUGUGCCAAAAUGUGUACUGCUUUGCAUAAUGAUGGUCACCCAUUUGGAGGUGUAAAUGCGAUAUUUGCUGGAGAUUUUGCACAACUACCACCUGCAGGAGCUGGAUAUCCAUUAUACUCACACAAAGUAGGCACAGUAUUGCAUACCACCUACAGUUAUUGUGAACAGGAGGCAUCAAUAGGUAAGGCUUUGUGGCAUCAGGUGACAACAGCAGUCAUUCUCAGACAAAAUAUGAGACAAAAUAAGCAAAGUCCUGAUGAUGCCAAGCUUAGAAAGGCACUGGAAAAUCUACAAUACAAAUCAUGUACAGAGUCUGUCACAAUGUGCUCUGCCACAGUCCCCUGGUCGGCCUAG